GCUUAGCAACUUUAGUUUCUAGUGGUUGGAGUCCUUUCAUUUGUCUAGGGUAAUUCCCAUGCCCCAACACAUGCAGCACGCCAUUUUGCGAACAGAACUAUUCUGCCGCGCGGCCAGAUCGUUAGGCCGUGGAGAGCUAUAGGUAGCUGCUGCACGUAGCUAGCAUAGCUGAUCAGAAGAAAUCCGAGAUGGCCGGCGGGAGUAGCGAAGGCGAGGCGGCGGCGGUGCCAUUGCUGGAGGAAGAGGAUCAGGAACAGCCCACGGCGGUCUACUUCGAUGGCUGCCCUGGGUGCAUCAUCGACCGGGAGAAGGCGGAGAACACAGGGAUCCCGUACUGGCGCUUCUUCCACAUCUGGAUCAUCAACCUCGUCGUUUGUUUGCCAAUAUCAUCAAUAUUUCCAUUCAUAUACUUCAUGAUAAGAGACCUACAUGUUGCCAAACGAGUAGAAGAUAUUGGAUUCUAUGCAGGUUUCAUAGGCGCUUCAUUAAUGCUUGGUAGAGCCUUAACUUCUACCAUUUGGGGAAUGGUAGCAGAUCGUAUCGGGAGGAAGCCAGUUAUUGUGUUUGGAAUUUUUACUACGCUUGUCUUCAAUACUUUGUUUGGACUGAGUGUCCACUACUGGAUGGCAGUAGCAACCAGAUUUCUUCUAGGUUCUUUGAAUGGAUUACUUGGAACCUUAAGAGCCUAUGCUGUUGAAGUUUCUCGACCUGAGCAUCAUGCUAUUGGAUUGUCACUUAUUAGCACUUCAUGGGCAAUAGGUCUUAUUCUUGGGCCAUCCAUUGGUGGGUAUCUUGCACAGCCAACAGAGAAAUAUCCAAAAUUGUUCCCUGCCAACUCAUUGUUUGGAAGGUUUCCAUAUUUCUUACCUUGUUUAUGUAUAACGGUCUUUUGCCUUGGUAUUCUAUUCAGCUGUGUUUGGCUCCAGGAGACAUUGCAUACACACAAACUUGAGAAAGAGGAAGAUCAAGCAACAAAGACUAUUAAUGGGCAUUUGGCUGGUGAUGAAGAGAAUGUUGAGCAACAUAUCACUUUGACUAUGAAUAAGAAUUUGUUUCAAAAUUGGCCAUUAAUUUCUUCUAUUGUUCUCUUUUGUAUCGCUGCCUUUGAUGACAUGACAUAUAUGGAGUUGUUUCCUCUAUGGGCUGAAAGUGACAGAAGUUAUGGUGGACUAAGUCUACUAUCUGAGGAUGUUGGUCAAGUAUUUGCAAUUACAGGUGGCUGCAUUCUUCUGUAUCAAACUUUUAUUUUUCCUCAUAUUGUGAAAAUUUUGGGACCUGUCAGUACUUCCCGUGUUGUGGCUUUUUCAUCUAUGGUGCUUCUGUUUACUUAUCCAUCCAUGACACAUCUCUCAGGAUUUUGGUUGCCUAUAGUGCUAAAUGUUGCAUCAGCACUGAAGGCCAAUUUUGUCGUUACACUUAUUACAUGCUCUUUAAUUCUUCAGAAUAAUUCUGUGACUCAAGAUCAAAGAGCAACAGCAAAUGGCUUAGCAACUACUUUAAUGUCAUUUUCAAAAGCACUUGCUCCAAUUGGAGGGGGUAUUGUGUUUUCGUGGGUGCAGAAACGUCAACAUGCUUUCUUCUUUCCAGGUGACCAAAUGUUGUUCUUCCUUAUGGACCUCAUAAUGUUCAUGGCACUAAUUUGGACAUUCAAGCCAUUUCUUUCCUUGCCGGAGCAACUCUCUUCAAGUUGAUUAGCCAGUCUAGUCCUGACUUUUCUAUGAGGCCUGGACAAAACAAAGUUGGAGAGCCAAUGUUUGAAUGCUAAUUAAGAUUAAUUAUUUGCAAUUACAAAAUAAUGUCUGGCAAAUAAAAAAGUUGCAAAGAAAAGUUCAUUACACAUUGUUCUUA